AUGCAGAUUGUAAAAGUAGGGAAUAAGUUACUAAUAGCAACCAACAACAUCAUUGAAGAAGCCACCUACUCCGGUAUUAUAGACCCCAGUCCGGAAUGGCAUACUCUUAACCAUAGAGGACCUCGUGCACGACUGACAUACAGAGUGCGCGUCAUAUGUGAUACACAUUACUACAAUUCCACGUGUACAAAAUUUUGCCGACCAAGAAACGAUUCUUUCGGUCAUUUUAUCUGUGAUCAGAACGGUGAGAAGCAAUGUAUAGAUGGGUGGAAAGGAGCGACAUGCGAGAAAGCUGCUUGUAAACCGGGUUGCCACCCAAUUCAUGGAAAAUGUGAAAAUCCUGGGGAAUGUUUGUGCCGCCCUGGUUGGCGAGGAGAUUACUGUGAUCAAUGUGAACCAUAUCCAGGAUGCAAGCACGGAUACUGCAAUGGAUCUUCGUGGCAAUGCAUAUGCGAUACAAAUUGGGGUGGAAUUUUAUGUGAUCAAGACCUAAACUACUGCGGUACGCACGAGCCCUGUCUAAACGGUGGCACUUGUGAAAACACCGCCCCCGAUAACUACCUGUGCACGUGCCCCGAGGGUUUUUCUGGUGCUAACUGCGAGAUCGUCGACAAUCCCUGCGCCCCGGCGCCAUGCCUGCACGGUGGCACCUGCAUUGAGGCCGGGGGCUCUUUCAGCUGUGAGUGCGGCAAUGGAUGGACGGGACCCACCUGCAAUAUCGUCUUUUGGUAA